GCACACAAUUACUUUCAUUUUCACUUUUUGUGCUGAGUAACUGUGUCGCCUGGUUUCCUCGAAGAAAGACUUCAGAUUUCCUAACGAAUUGGUGGUGUAUUCUACUUAAACAUUUGUCUGGUUUCAGCUGAGGCUAUUUUUGUAAGCUCGAUAGAGCGAUUCAACGGUGAAAUAUAAUAGCUAGCAAAUUCUUCCCUCGCUGGAAACGAUGACUUCCUUAGACAUACGCCCCGAAUCGAAGAAACAGGUCGAUGACUUCUGCAAGCACCUCACCAAUGAGGCAGAAUCUCUGGUCUCAGCAUUCUUCCCCCAGAAGAUUGCAGAGAUGGAGGCGUUGCUGCAGGCCUCCCUCAGUGUAGAGGACCUGUCAUCCUUGAAGGCGUCCUUAGACAUCCCCAUACCAGACCCAGCCAAAGAGGAGCUGAAAAGGAAGAAGAAGGAGGAGAAAGAGGCAAAGGAAGGAAAGAAAGACAAGGAGAAGGACAAAGAUGAAGAGGAGGAAGCAGGCCCAGCUUGUGGCCCGAUCGCCUGCAACGAGAGGGUGGAGAGUCUGCUGAAGGAAAUUAAGCCUCACAUUCAGAUGCUCAAGGAGAAACUCAACACUGUGUCAAUGUGGGUGCAGCUUCAGAUUCCCAGGAUUGAGGACGGGAAUAACUUUGGCGUGGCUGUGCAGGAAAAGGUGUUUGAAUUGUUGACCAACACUCGCACCAAGAUUGAGGGGUUCCAGACGCAGAUCUCAAAGUACUACAGUGAGAGAGGGGAUGCUGUAGCUAAGGCCUCUAAGCAGCCACAUGUGGGGGAUUACCGGCAGCUGGUUCACGAGCUGGACCAGCACCAGUACUGCGAGCUGCGUGUCGUGGUCCUGGAAAUCCGCAACACUUACGCUGUGUUGUAUGAUAUCAUCAACAAGAAUUACGACAAGAUCAAGAAACCCAGAGGAGACUCCAAGGCCCUGAUCUACUGAGCCUGCCUGUGUACAGAUGUACUGACUGACACACACGCAUGUACACACAGUCAUAAGCACAUGUGCACACACACACACACACACACACGCACACACAAAGUGCAAAGACACAUGCACACACAUGUAUCCACUUAGAGAAACAAACCAGAGAGACACAGUUAGUAGCUGAGUACAUCACCACAAUGCUGCGACAGGCAUUCUCACAUACAAAGAUCGUCAAACUCCCAAGAUCUCCCUAAAGAUGACCCUGCUACAGUGAAAUGUUUUUUUUUGACUCAGAUUUCCAAAAUA